AUGCACUACAUAUUCCACCAAUUGUAUACAUACGAACCCCAUCCCUCUUCCCUUUUCAUUAACAUGCCCCGUACGCUAAAACCCAAGCCAACAGUGCCUUCGGAAGACUCUUCGCUCGUCGCGCCACAAACACCCAGCUCGACCAUAAAUCGGAGAGACCCAGCCCCAAGGUCAGGACCCAUAUCCAAGACAUUUAAUCUCCUCCCCCGCAACCCACGUACCAUACGCAAGCUCUACAAGAUCAAAGCCCCUCGUAGAAUACCUUCAUCGUCAACUAAGAAGAAGUCAAAGUUUUCAAGUACUGAGGGUACUGAGGGUACUGGGGAUACUGGGGGUACUGCGGCGGAGACUUACACGUUAGAGCCCUCGCAACAGGAAAGUGUAAGUGCUUCACCAUGGUCCACCCAUUACUCCGCCAUAAGUGAGCUAACCACCACGGAGUCUGAGGCCAAUAGUAAUACCGAGACGGUGGACGAGGAUGCUGAAAAACUGUGGUCAGCACAUAUUAUGGGAGAGCAUGUUGGGAGGGAUCGAUAUGAGUUGGUGAGUAAACGGUAUCUUGAUGCUGGGUUGCCACCACCGUGGAAGCGGUGCCCAUGGUGUGAGGAAACUAUUGAAUGGCUGUUGGGGAAGGGGGUUAUUUGA